GGCAUCUAUAAGUUGGCCUUUUCGCUUCACAGUCACUCACUACCUAAAGAAAAUAAAAAUGGAAGUCCAUUCUUGUCAGCACCGUUUGGUUUCAUUGCUGCUACUUUGUUUUUGGAUGCUGUUCAUCAGAGCGCAUGGAUCACGCAAGCUGUACAUAGCGUAUCUCGGUGACAGAAAGCAUGCACGCCCAGACGACGUUGUUGCUUCUCACCAUGAUACGCUCUCGAGUGUUCUUGGAAGUAAAGACGAAUCCUUAUCUUCCAUCAUCUAUAACUACAAGCAUGGGUUCUCAGGCUUUGCUGCCAUGCUGACAGCUGAGCAGGCAGAACAGCUUGCAGAGUUACCAGAAGUCAUCAGCGUUCAGCGAAGCAGGAGGUACAGGACGGCGACCACACGGAGCUGGGACUUCCUGGGGCUGGAUUACCAAAAGCCCAGUGAAUUACUCAGAAGGAGCAACCACGGACAAGAGAUAAUCAUCGGGAUUAUUGACACCGGGAUAUGGCCGGAGUCAAGAAGUUUCAGCGACGAAGGAUACGGGCCGGUGCCGGCACGGUGGAAGGGCGUGUGCCAGGUCGGAGAAGGAUGGGGCAGCAACAACUGCAGCCGCAAGAUCAUCGGCGCGCGGUUCUACCACGCCGGGGUGGACGAGGACGACCUCAAGAUCGACUACCUCUCGCCCCGCGACGCGAACGGCCACGGCACGCACACGGCGUCCACCGCGGCGGGCUCCGUCGUGGAGGCGGUCAGCUUCCACGGGCUGGCCGCGGGCACCGCCCGCGGCGGCGCGCCCCGGGCGCGCAUCGCGGUGUACAAGUCCGUCUGGGGCAGGGGCGGCGCCGGGUCAGGGAACUCCGCCACCGUGCUCGCCGCCAUCGACGACGCCAUGCACGACGGCGUGGACGUGCUAUCCCUGUCCCUCGAGGUUCAGGAGAACUCGUUCGGCGCGCUGCACGCCGUCCAGAAGGGGAUCACCGUCGUGUACGCCGCAGGGAACUCUGGACCUGUGCCGCAGGUGGUUGGGAACACGGCUCCAUGGGUCAUCACAGUCGCAGCAAGCAAGAUCGAUCGGUCUUUCCCGACCGUGAUCACUCUGGGGGACAAGACUCAGAUAGUGGGACAGUCCAUGUACAGCGAAGGGAAGAACUCAUCAGGAAGCACCUUCAAACUUCUAGUAGAUGGAGGCCUAUGCACCGAUAAUGAUCUGAACGGCACGGACAUAAAGGGAAGAGUUGUGCUGUGCACCUCCCUCGGGAUACCACCGCUUAUGCUUUUCCCGGUAGCAUUGAAAAACGUCUUGGAUGCUGGGGGUUCAGGUCUAAUCUUCGCUCAAUACACAACUGACAUCCUGGACGUCACAAAAAACUGCAACGGCACUGCCUGUGUUCUUGUGGACCUUGACACUGCACAACUGAUCAGCUCAUACAUCAGCGGCACAAGCUCACCAGUGGCAAAGAUCGAACCACCACGCACUGUCACGGGUGAAGGGAUACUGGCACCAAAAGUGGCAGCAUUCUCCUCGAGAGGUCCAUCAGUUGAUUACCCUGAUAUUAUUAAGCCUGAUGUAGCUGCACCAGGAUCCAACAUUUUAGCAGCCGUGAAAGACGGAUACAAACUUGAGUCAGGAACAUCAAUGGCAACGCCACAUGUUGCAGGCAUUGUUGCGCUGCUGAAAGCUCUCCAUCCAGACUGGUCUCCAGCUGCAAUAAAAUCGGCAGUUGUUACUACUGCGUCUGUAACUGAUGAACGAGGCAUGCCAAUACUGGCAGAAGGAGUGCCUCGGAAGAUCGCUGAUCCGUUUGACUACGGAAGUGGAAACAUUAACCCAAACAGGGCAGCUGAUCCUGGCCUCAUUUAUGACAUCGACCCAACAGAUUACAACAAGUUCUUUGCGUGCACCAUCAAGACAUCUGCCAGCUGCAAUGCAACAAUGCUACCUAGGUAUCACCUGAACCUACCAUCAAUCGCUGUUCCUGAUCUCAGGGAUCCAACAACUGUAUCUAGAACAGUUAGAAAUGUAGGUGAGGUUAAUGCAGUUUACCACGCUGAAAUCCAGUGCCCACCUGGAGUUAAAAUGGUUGUUGAGCCAUCUGUUCUUGUCUUCGAUGCUGCAAACAAAGUUCACACCUUCAAGGUUAGUUUUUCACCUCUAUGGAAAUUGCAAGGGGACUAUACAUUUGGCAGCCUUACUUGGCACAAUGACAACAAGUCAGUGAGAAUUCCAAUAGCAGUCCAGAUCACCAUCCAAGAUUUCUAUGCAGAUGUUGCAUAACCUGGGCAAAACAUGCAGGCAAUAACACAGUGCUCUUAGAGGCAAUAGAGCAAAAUACAGGAUAUACCAAUUUCCACAGAGAUAUGGUUGCUUGUAAAUACUUAUCACCAGAAUAAUGAGUUAAUGACCGGCCAAUGUUGACUGGUCAAUGUAUUUCAUUUCUAUCACGUAUCUGAUUAUCACUUCGAUGGAUGGUCAAUUUCAUACCAUGUUGGUUACAGAAAUACAAAAAUGUUCAGGUCUAUGUCA